AUGACACCAGUCCAGGACAAUCCGAUCUUAAAGGUAAAGGCCACUGAACCCUACGAAAGAGCAUGUUUUAUGGGAGAAAUCGAAAUCCGAGUCUUUCGAUGCUUGUUAAUAGGACUUGCUGAAAGACCCAACAAUAGGCCAUUGACUACUCAGACUGAGGUUCCUGAGAGCAUGUUGAAGGGACAAGCAAAAUCGCAUAGUACAUUGUUUGGAAAUGGAGAAGUUACAGAAUCGAAAACCUAUAAUGCGAGCGUGGCAUUUUGCGGUGGAGGGGAGAACUAUCCUAUUGCAAUAUUCAAAUUUCAAUAUGAGGACCUCAAAUCAUUAGAAGUUAUUAAAAGAAGUCCAGAACCAAAGACUGAGCCAGAGUUUUGCUCUCGUCCUGACCCUGAGUCGGCACUCAAGCCGAUCAGCGAGCCUCAAGUUCCGAAAAUGCCGUUGUUAGAUAUAAAAGUAGAGAGAGAGCUAUUACAGACGACUUCUCAUGCUGGAUCAACCUCAAGUACACCAGGAGACACAUCCGUCCGUUCGCCACUCAAGCAAGAGCUUCAAGAGGCUGAUGGACGAAAUCCCACAUCAACGGCUCCUACGAAACCAGUUAUCUCUCCUAAUCACGUAUUGCCAACGAAUCCCGCAAACCUAAACAUUCAAACUCUGAAUCCCACACAAACUGGUCAACUGAUUGGUCAAAUUGGCCAGCUCUUGCAAUUAUUGCAGGGCCAAGUUGGACAGCCUCAACAAGUACUUGCCCAUACACCUGCGCCGUUCCCGGCAGAUACUGCUGCCGCAGCUACUUCAACUCCAGCAGUAUCCGCUAGCAACAGCAGUGGUGUCAAUGUAACUGCUUCAGAUCCAUCAAUUAAGCGUGAGCAAGAACAAAACGAGAGUAGAGAUCGCAAGAGACGUCGCAAGCCAAGGGGAAAAGUCACAAUCGACCUUACGGAAGAUGAUUCUGACGAUAAUAUUGUGAUCGAUCUUGGUUCAAAUUGA